ACUAGUCGAGCUCGCAGUUACUUUUCGGAGAGCAUGUUCGUGUAUUUAAUAAAUGCGGUAAACGAUUUCGUGUAAGAAAGUGUAGAUUUUGUGUAAAAAUAUAAUAUUGUUUUUGUAAACAAUAUUUUUUUUAAAUUUUCUGUAAUUGUUUUGAAUGUGUAAAAAAUAUACAGUAAAAUAUAUCGUCGUGUGUAUUCCACUGUCCACAUAUAUUUGUAUACAACGUUCACCUCCUCUUCUAUCAGCUGACAAUUAUCGCUCUCAGUGACAAAGUAUUACGUAGUCACACAAAACACACUCAACAAACGUCAAGUCAUUAGGAAAUAGUAAAUAUAUUAUUUCACUGCAAUAAAAACUGAACAACAUGCGGCUGCCAGCGCUUAGUUUGCUCUCGGCUUUCCGCCAAACACUAGUGCAACAAGUACAAAAUACGAGUGUAACACCUCUCCUACUAAAACAAUAUCGUCUGAAGCAUUUUCACAGUGGCAGUAAAAUGGUUUCGCCGACACCAUUUACAAAAGAUUUCUUCUUCCGUCAGCUUUUCGAUGAGGCUACCUGGACCUACACAUACCUACUGGCUGAUUUGAGUACGAGAGAGGCGGUGAUUAUUGAUCCAGUGCUGGAAAAGGCGAAACGUGAUGCAAACCUAGUUAAGGAUCUGGGUUUUACACUUAAAUAUGCCCUGAACACACACAUGCACGCGGAUCACAUCACCGGCAGCGGUUGGCUCAAGCAAUUGUUGCCCGGCAGCAAAACAGUUAUUGCCAAAGCUAGCGGUGCCAAGGCAGAUAUACACAUCAACGAAGGUGAUCCCGUUACAUUUGGACGUCACCGUAUCGACACAUUGUCCACACCGGGACACACCAAUGGCUGUAUGUCGUAUGUGAUACAUGAACAGGGUUGUAUUUUCACGGGCGAUACAGUGCUGAUACGCGGCUGUGGACGUACCGACUUCCAGGAAGGUGAUCCUGCCCACUUGUAUGAAAAUGUCCAUAGUAAAAUAUUUUCUUUACCUGAGAAUUUCCGCAUUUAUCCGGCGCAUGAUUACAAAGGCAUAAUGGAGAGCAGCGUUUGGGAAGAGAAAACCUACAAUCCACGCUUGACCAAAACCAAAGAGGAAUUUAUUAAUAUUAUGAAUAACUUGAAACUGCCUUACCCCAAGAAAAUCGAUGUUUCCCUACCAGCAAAUCGUGAAUGUGGCGUCUACGAUAUUCCAAAAGAGUAAUUUGUGUUCUUGUUUCGGUUAAAAAGCAAACUGUGUUUUAUACGCUGCUGAAGUGUGGCCUUACUUU